CUUUCAGAUGUAGUACAAUCGGCUCCAGAAUUACCUGAUGAUUUGGGAAAGAAUACACGAGAAAUGAUUGCUUUGAGAUGUUUGGAGGACUUCAUUGCUCCUCAAGAUGGAAUCACAAGCGAUGCUCCUUCUGCCGCGGGUUCGAAAGUCCAGUUUGAUUUAUCGGAAGGUUGCCAAGAUGUUCUCCAACGGAUUUUGCAAGAGACUUCAGUGUCAAAUUUGAGAGCAGCUGGACUGGAGUUGUCCAAGUGGGAUAUCCACCCCUUCAUUCAACACAAAAGGGCAUGUUUGCCCAAAUGUGCUUUAGAGCAACUGAAAGAUGCAAUUCUCAAUGGUACGCAUCAGUAUGCUGAUUUCUUAAGGGAAAAGAGUGGAUUGGCGUCCACAAGUCGGGAUAAUGGAAUUUGUAGGAAUGGAAUAACCAAUUGGGAGAUAAUGUCUUACCUUCUAAGAGGACUAG